AUUUAACUUUCCUCGAAUCGGUCACAGCUGAUAUUCAUUAUCUCUCAACAUAUUUUGUCCUCACUUUUCUUCCGUCUCGAGCGGUGUUUCGUCAUUUUGCACGGAAUUCUUCUUCUUCUUUUCGUGCGAACACCUGAAGGAUUAAUUUGAAAUAUAUCAAAGUAUCGAGGCGAGAGUCGUGAUAUAUCUUGGCUAAUAAGUGCAGCGAUUUGUGGGAAGGUUUGACAUUGGAGCUUGUAAUUUCGUUCAUUCCUUGUUUCUUAGUCACCUGUCAUCAUGGCUUUUCAACAACAAAGAGCCAACCGUGCCCCGCAACUCGGGAUGUGGCGGGCGAUUCACGCAAAGAUCGAGUCAAAACGCGACCCCGAACUUGAACGUCAAUGCGUGGAGUUCGUUGUCCAUCACACAGGCGAGACCGUCAACACUUUCGACGACCUGAAGAACGGAGUCAUUCUCUGCAAGCUUGUUAACAAAUUCUGCCCGAAUGCCGUGAGAAAGGUCGAACAGUCCACAGCUGUCUUCAAGCAGAGGGCAAACCUUGAAUCCUUCAUCCAGGGAUGCAAGGCAUUUGGACUCAAGGACCAAGAAGUCUUCCAGGUCAACGAUCUCUUCGAAAACAAGAACAUCCCACAGUUCACACAGUGCAUUGUCGCCCUUGGCCGCUAUGCCCAAGCUACAGAAGGUUACGAUGGCCCCAUCCUUGGGCCUAAGCAAUCCGAGGGCAACGUCCGUGAAUUCACCCAGGACCAGAUGGAUGCUGGCAAGCACAUGAUCGGACUCCAAAUGGGUUCCAACAAGGGUGCUUCACAGGCUGGAGGAGACUUCGGCAGACCACGACAGGUCCACUCAGAAUUCAAAUACCAUGGAUUAUUGGUCAACAAAUUCUGUCCCGAAGCCGUCAGGAAGAUCGAGACUUCAACUGCAGUUUUCAAGCAGAGGGCAAACCUUGAAUCCUUCAUCCAGGGAUUGAAGGUCUACGGGCUCAAGGACCAAGAUGUCUUCCAGGUCAACGACCUUUAUGAGUCCAAGAACAUCCCACAGUUCACAGGGUGCCUUGUCGCCCUUGGCCGCUUUGCCCAGUCCCAACCCGGCUACGACGGCCCCAUCCUAGGACCCAGGCAGUCAGAGAGCAACGUCCGUGAUUUCUCGCAGGACCAGAUGGAUGCUGGCAAGCACAUGAUCGGACUCCAAAUGGGUUCCAACAAGGGUGCUUCACAGGCUGGUGGAGACUUCGGCAGACCACGACAGGUCCACUCAGAUUUCAAAUAGAUCCCUUACCCCCGAUCCUCACCAACAACCAAUAUAUAUCCCACAUCAUCGCAUACACAGCCCAGUUCGCGGACAGGAUAAAUAGGAGGAAGAGGGGAGGAAGAGGGGAGGAUAAAGGAAGGGGGAGGGAAAGGAAACGUUUGAUACGAAAGAAUAACAAUUUCCAUGUCAGACGUGUUUGCAUUUGAGAGAAAUCUUGAGAAAUGCGCUUCCCCCGAAAAUUUGACAGAAGCAUUAUUAUUUAAAACUUGGUUUCAAAACACUGUUGUAAUAUGUGGCAAAUUCGCAAUGUAAUCUGAAAAUAUUCUAAAUUUGGAGAAAUUUGUUUAUCCUGUAAUAUUUAAUAGGCGGCACAUCUAUUUCCCCUUUUCUUAUACUGUUACGCAUAACAUUUUCGUAUCAAUAAGCAUCAUUCUACCAAAAAAAAGUUUAGUUUAACAUAAUCUUUAUUUUGUUGUAUGUAUUCAUUACUAUCUUGCUGAUCAAAUUUUGUUCUUAUACCAUGUUCUCCAGUUUCAAAACGAAAUCCAUUUUUAUCACAAAGUUGUUUUUUUGCUAACGCAUAAGAAUUUCCUCGUCUUAAUCAUUGAAGGGGAGAAUAUGAUAAUGACAUGAAGCUUGUAUUGUAUUGCAUGAAAUGUAACUUGUGUAAUAUUUCGAAAUAUAUAUGUGUAUAUGUUCACCGGGUUGCUAAGACAUAGCAUAUAAAAUGGAGACGUUAAUAUAAGCUUGCUAACGACAUGACUAAACAUAAAUCAUGUUAUUUGACGCCAUAAUGAGUUUGAUACAAAUUCUUUAACAAACAAAAAUGAUCAGUAUAUGUGGGAUAUAUAUUAAAAAAAAACAGAUUAAAUAGGAAUGUUCCUUAGCCCACUUGACUUCUUUGUUUUGUUAGCAUUCAUCAAUUUAUUUAAAGAACGAUUCGAUUCCCCUUUAAAAAAAUUAACAAAUGUUCACUUCAGUGCAUACUAUUUAAACAUUGAUCGCUGUACCAGUUACUAAAAAUAGAAGCUAUUCAGCAAAACUGAAACUCUAAUUCACUAAGAUGUCAUGAUAUUUAUUUCAUUCAAAUGUACACCGUUAUACUUUCGUCCUUAUAAAAUAAAGUUGCUGCACACAAUCCGAAAUACUUA